UUCGACUAACUUUUAGUGCAUGUAGUCCGAACACGCGUUCGCAGACCAUAAUCCUCCUCAUGACGGUUAUUUUUGAUCAUAUUUGAAUCGCGUAAAUUUCGCAUAUCUACUGACAAAGCAAUCAUGUUUCGAGUGGUUUACAGCAUUCAUCUAGUGUGCGGUUUAUAAUCGCGGAAUCGCGUGGAAAUUAAUGAGUAGAAGUUGUCAAAUUGUGAGCCCUUUGGUAACGUGAUGAAAAAUUGAAAAAAUAAUUUCUUCAGUCAAAAGUACACAACAUCAACGUUCGCUUCACAAAUAUGAUUCUUCUUACUCCGAAAUUCGGCGAAGAUUUUGAUAAAGAAAAUUCGACCAUGAUGACGGAAACAGACUGCGAAAAAGUAUUCAACGAAGAAUACAUCGAGGUGUUUUCUCCAACAGUAUUCGAAACCGUAGAAGUGUACACUUCUUCAUCAUCGGAUAACUCCGAUAAUCAAGAUUUCAAUUCGGAUAUAACCUUUCUAGAAUCUUCAGAUGGAAAUUCAAUGGAAACGGAGGACGACUUGAUUGAUUCUAUAGAUACGGUCAGUUCACUGGAGAAUUUAGAACCAGGAACGUAUACUUUGGAUGUACUGGAAUCGAAUAACUUCGAUUUCGAUACAGUUUUUGUAAAUUCUGAUUUUAAUCAAGAACAGCCCGAGAGAUGUCAACAAGAAUUGAAUUGUUCGUUCAAACAAAUUGAUGAAAGCGAAAAUAAAGAAAAAAAAUUGAAAACGUUUGAAGAAACUUGUAAAAGAUAUAAGUUGAGAAAUACGUAUAAGACUCCAGUUCGCAAACAACCAUUAGCAACCAAACAUCCAGUUAAGAAUGUCACUGCCAGAGAAUUCUUGAAUAAUUUUUCUGACGAUUUACGUAAAUCGGAAAAGUCACAUGUGAAAAAAGACGAUACAGAAGAGGGUAAAAGUUUAUCGUGGUUGUUGGAUUUCAAAAUAUCGUCCAUUUUUCAUCCCGUCGAAAAAGAAACAGAAAUGCUCGAAAAAGUUAAAAAGAAACCCAAUGACACACAGCGAAAACCUAGGUACACUUACACAGAGCUAAUCGAACAAGCUUUAAAAGAAAACGGCGAAUUGACUGUUUCUGGAAUUUACAACUGGAUCUCAAGUCACUACCCUUAUUACCAGCAGCACGAUGACAGGUGGAAAAAUUCAGUUCGACAUAAUUUAUCCAUUAAUCCGCAGUUUAGAAAAGGAAAGAAAGCAUCUCAAGGAGCAGGACAUUUUUGGAAUAUUAGUGAAACUGUUUCGCAAAGUGCAGAUCUCAUCAGUAGUAACAUUAUGAGUAAGGACAUCAGUAAGCAAUCGUCCAAUUCCACUUGCGAUCUAAUAAAUCAAAUUGACGAAGAAGUUUUGGCAGCUACGAAAAGCAUACAGGAAAGUGAAAACAUGGAUUUCACAGACGUUAGUUUGCAUGAUGCUGCUGAACAAAUACAUUUAGAUGGGAAACAUUUGGAAUCUUCGUUUGUAAAUAUUACGAGAAAUGAUAUCGAGCAGUUAUGGGAGUCCGCUAAUGAAGGAGAUUCGCGAUUUAGUUCAUUUUCUCCUCUUAUUCGUGAAAUUACUGAAGAGUCGUCAAAUGCCAUAGAGGAGGAAAACUUUUUAAUUCAAGAUAUACAUAAUUCCAUUUGCUUAGGAGAUGAACUAUUUACAAAUGGAUUAAAUUCGCCAUAUUACGGUCUGACUACUAUUUAACUUAAUUUGUGAAGAAUUUUUCGUUUCACGAAUUUUCAUAGCAUUUAAUUUGUAUCGUAAUUUUUCGUUAAUUUUCAUUUUUUUAAUGCUCGUCGAUUUUAUCGAAAGAUUUUUUUUUUCGUUUUUGGAGAAAAUUAUUUAGAUAUACGUACAUUUUUUACUGAGUCAAUCGAUUUUCAAGAGGUUGGUGCCUUUUUUAUUUAAUCGAAUUUAUGGUUUUCCUAGUCCUUAGAUAUAAGUCUGUACAUACUUAUUACUCGUUUAAAAAUUUAGUUAAUGCAUUUUCUAAUUUGAAUUAAUUAGAAUACAAAGACCAUUUAAAAAAUUC